AUGACGACAAGAAGCGUUGGCAAGCAAGCCGUGACGACGACGACGACCACGACGACGUCGUCCUCCCACAACGUGUCUCAGCAAGACCUCGGGGACGGCCCGUCGAACCCGGCGUCGCCUCGCUCGUCAGUCACCAACGCCGGCGGCAGCCGAGAACGCUCGCACUCGCCGCACUCCGCAUCCAGAGUGUCGCGAAUCCAAGAGAAGAACAACCUUGCCUACCUCAACGAUCGCCUGGCUAAAUACAUGGACCACGUUCGUCACCUGGAGUCCGAGAACAGCAAUUUAACCGAGCAGGUCAAAACGAGCCAGGAGAUCCACACUUGGGAAGUGGUUAGCGUGAAGAUCCUUUACGACCGCCAGCUCGCCUAUGCACGCCAUUCCGUCGACUUGACCGCGAACGAAAAGGCCAAACUUCAGCUGGAAGCUAAGAAGUUGCAAACAAAGGCCGAAACACUGCAAGCCAUACUCGCCAAACGAGAGCGCGAGGGGUCCGUAGCCGAGCGACGGGUGACGUCGCUACAGUCGCAAAACGUCGACCUCCAGGAACGCCUGAACCAGGCGCUCGCACAACUCAAGGAUGCCGAGGAGGAACGUGGUGCAAUGGCAAAGAUGCUUGAGAAGCUCCGCAAAGAGCUUGAGGCAGAGACGCUGCGUAACGUUGAGCUGCGUAACAGGGCCAUGACACUCUCCGAAUUCCUGAAUUUCCUGACGCCUCUCUACGAGAACGUUUGGAGUUCCGAUGCCGGCGCUACUCACAGCCCUCCGUCGGACCUUGUGAUGCGCAACCAGCAGUGGCCCCACGGAGAGCAGAUGAGCACGGCGUUGCUCAGCGCUGAUGGCGAGGAGGUGAGAGUGCCUUCGGUUUUGGUUUUUUGCCACUGUAGCUGGGCUGCAUAA